GACAUUAAAGAACAUAACCUCAAAUAAUCAACCAAAUAUCAAUGCUUGCUAGUUGCUUAUCUUCAACCUUGUGUUUUGGCGUGGGGUUGUGCACGUGUGUUUUAUGUCCUAAAUUUAUUUGAAGUUAUGGAAAAAAGUGCCUUUAAUUAAUUAAAAUGAGCAAGUUAUACGUGCUCUAUGAGCACAGCGCAGGCUUUGCCCUCUUCCGAGUAACAGAGUUUGAAGAGCUGGCAGCCUUUCUGCCGCAAGUGGAGGAAUCCGUUACAGACUUGCAAAAAUUCAAUUCCGUGGUUACUUUGGUAGCUUUCCAGCCCUUCAAAUCAGCAGUGCUGGCUUUGGAGAAUAUUAAUGCCGUUUCUGAAGGUAUUUUGCCAGAGGACCUUAAUUUGUUCCUCGAAAGUGCGCUGCCAAAGCGUAAGAAGCGUGGUAAAUGUACCCUGGGUGUCGCAGACCCCAAGCUAGGGGCGGCAAUUAGUGAGGCUCUGGAGAUACCUUGCUCUCAUACCGGCGCUGUUCCAGAAGUUAUCCGAGGUAUAAGACAUCACUUCCAUUCGCUCAUCAAAGGUCUUACAGCGAAGGCGUGUAGUGUGGCCCAGCUGGGUCUCGGUCACUCUUAUUCGAGAGCUCGAGUAAAGUUCAAUGUUCACCGAGUUGAUAACAUGAUCAUACAAUCUAUAGCCCUUCUCGAUCAACUCGACAAGGAUGUUAACACGUUUUCUAUGAGGAUCAGAGAAUGGUAUUCCUACCACUUCCCGGAGCUUGUGAGUAUUGUGCCUGAAAAUUAUCUUUACUCGAAAUGUGCGGAAUUCAUCAAAGACAGGAAGACAUUGACGGAUGAGUCCGUGGAACCGCUCACAGAUAUCCUCGGUGACUCUGAAAAGGCCCAGGCUAUAAUUGAUGCAUCAAAAAUGUCGAUGGGGAUGGAUAUAUCACCCGUCGACUUGAUCAAUAUUCAGAUGUUUGCUAGCAGAGUCGUUGCAUUGAGUAAUUACAGGAAGCAAAUCGCUGAAUAUCUUCAUACAAAAAUGGCGUCAGUGGCACCAAAUCUGACGACACUGGUUGGUGAUCAGGUUGGGGCCCGGCUUAUAUCAAAAGCUGGUUCCCUUACCAGCUUGGCCAAAUAUCCCGCUUCUACAUUACAAAUUUUAGGUGCCGAGAAAGCUUUGUUCCGAGCUUUGAAAACACGUUCGGCGACACCGAAGUAUGGUUUGCUGUAUCAUUCGAGUUUCAUUGGUAGGGCUGGAGCGAAGAACAAAGGUCGCAUCAGUCGCUAUCUAGCAAACAAGUGCUCUAUUGCCAGCAGGAUCGACUGUUUCUCGGAAAACUUAUCAAGCGUUUUUGGUGAGAAAUUAAGACAGCAGGUGGAAGACCGCUUGAAGUUCUAUGAGACGGGUGACAUUCCUAUGAAGAAUAUUGAUGUCAUGAAACAGGCUAUAGAGGAAAUAACACAACAAGAGGAUGCGUCAGCUAAGAAGAAGAAGAAGAAAAAGAAGAAGGAACAGAAUAACGAGGUGCCUAUGGAUGAAGAUUGAUUCAACAAAUAUAUAUUUUGUGUACGAA